UGCCAGAGCGCUGAGCCGUCGGCGUCGCGGGAGGAUCCGGCUCCAUGAGCUCCGAGGUCGGGGCCCCGGUGCCUCGGAGCCCGGCCUUGAUGAGCGCCCCCUCGCAGCCUUCCUCCUCCUCCUCCUCCUCCGCCCUGGAGACCUCCAGCAGCACCAGCAGUAGCACCAGCGCCGCCGCCUCCGCCCCGUCGAAGGGCAAGAAGGCCAGCUCGGGGCUGCGUCGGCCGGAGAAGCCGCCCUACUCCUACAUCGCCCUGAUCGUGAUGGCCAUCCAGAGCUCGCCCUCCAAGCGGCUGACGCUGAGCGAGAUCUACCAGUUCCUGCAGGCCCGCUUCCCCUUCUUCCGCGGGGCCUACCAGGGCUGGAAGAACUCGGUCCGCCACAACCUCUCGCUCAACGAGUGCUUCAUCAAGCUGCCCAAGGGCCUGGGCCGCCCGGGGAAGGGCCACUACUGGACCAUCGACCCGGCCAGCGAGUUCAUGUUCGAGGAGGGCUCCUUCCGACGCCGCCCGCGGGGCUUCCGACGGAAGUGCCAGGCCCUCAAGCCCACCGCCGCCAUGUACCACCGCAUGGUCAACGGCCUGGGCUUCCUCCCGCAGGGCUUCGACUUCCAGGCCGGGGCCCCCGCCGCCCCCUUGGGCUGCCACCCCAACGCCUACGGGCCCCUGGAGGUCAUGCAGGCCGGGCCCUACGAGGCCCACCACGUCCCCCACAUGUCCCCCAGCCCCGGGUCCUCCUACAUGGCCAGCUGCCCCGUGGUCCCCUCCAACGCCAACGCCGACUACGGGCCGGAGACCAGCAGCAGCAGCCCGGUGCCCUCCUCGCCCGCCCUGGCCAGCGCCCUCGAGUGCCACUCGCCCUACGCCAGCCCCGCCGGGCACUGGACCCCCUCGGCCGCCUCCCCGUACCUCAAGCAGCAGGGCCUGCCGCCCCCGACCGCCGCCCCGACCGCCACCUCCGCCGCCCCCGCCGGCCUCCACUCCGGAGUGGCCCCUUACUCCCUCGAGCAAAGCUACCUGCACCAGAACGGACGGGAAGACCUCUCAGGUACCCAGCCUCCCUCCUCCCGGGGUUGCAAGUAG